AUUGCAUCCUUCUCUGGCGAACGAAGUCGGCGCCCCGGGGAGAGGGGCGCCGGGAUAUGCUCUGCAGACCUGGACCUGGCUAUGGGUAGUGGUGGCAGGGGCCCGGAAUCUAAAUUCGAAUCGGGGCCCAGGUAUAAAGAAUCUCUCCUCGGAGGUACAGCCGUCGCCAGCGUGACACCGCCGGCAUAUCGAUUAUUCCCGAUUACCGGGGCGGCGGCAGCGGUUGAUAUUAUUACCGUUGAUUCAUACAGGCUUUCCUGGUCAGUGAAUUCUUCCGUCAAUGGCCUGGCAGGCAGCUCCUUCUCAAUCCCGGUAGGAUGCGGUAAUAAAUCCCGAAGCUCUUCUAUUCGUUGGGUAUAUGUCUCGUGCUACUCCCCCACUUCAAUUAGUCACGUGUUUGAAAAUUGGCUGAUAGCCACCCUCAUAACCGCUACAUGGGUCGAGUGAGAGUUUCCCAGGGAAAGAAGACUCAAGGGCAAGAAGUUGGGGAAGGAAGCUCACAAUGGCUUGCAAUUUCCGUCUAUCCUCAUCCGCACCAGCCCUCAUCAUGACCUGACCCAACAAAACACAAGCAUCCCCAUAGGCUUCCAUCGCUCCUUCAUAAUUCUCGGCGUUAUCCAACGUCACAGCCGUGUUGGCUUUCUGAAGGGCCGAAGAUAACAUUGCUUUCUGCGAAUGCGACCGACGCUCGCGCGUCCGAGCUUUGAUCGGGUCCCCGCCCUUCUGCAGAUUAUUCCCCAAUGGUUCUCCCAAGUUCCUUCCGACAGCAUAGGCAGGAUAGAGGGAGGACGUGCGCAGAGGUUUAGGCGGUAAUUCUGGUCCCAACAGGGACCCGAAAGCUAUUUCAGGAUUUCCAGAACUGAGAGCCCUCAGAAUUGCCCGUGGAAGGAGUUGUUAUGGAAGAAUUCGUUCCCGAGCUCGUCAAGGGGUUGUUUCCACGUCGUUGGGGCGAUGAGGAUACAGAUGCAGCCCGGGACACUGUUCCUGUCGAGUGCGAGCGCAAUCUUAAGGAAGGACGGAUCCCCAGCGCAGUUGCAGGGCUCGAAGUAUUCGCAACAGUA